CUUACCUAACUAACUUUCUUCCCUCCACUGAAAAUCUGGAUUCUUCGCCGGCGGCGAGUACAGAAUAGCUCGUUUCCGAUCGUCAUCGACUGAUGGGCAGUGAUCGGAGGUCCAAGGACGAGAAGGAGAAGAGAAGACGAAGCUCUCCUUCUGAUUCCGAAGAUGAAGUGAGGAUCAAAAGACGAAUUAGAAGUGAUAGAGAAGCGACAUCUGAGAAAAACAGCAGUAAAUCUUCUUCGAAGAAAGAAAAGAAGGAUCGUAGUUCGUCCAAGCACCAUUCACGAAAAGAAAAGAAGUCAAAAGACAGAAGGAAGAGCAAACAUGAUGGUUCCUCAAAACUGGAGUUUAAGGAAAUAUCCCCUGACGACUACUUCUUGAGAAACAAUGAAUUUUCGACUUGGCUGAAAGAGGAGAAAGAUAUAUUCUUCUCGGAUCUUUCCUCUGAAAGGGCUCGUGAACUAUUUUUGAAGUUUGUCAAGGACUGGAACAGACAGAAGCUGGAGCCCAGAUUUUACGAGGGGAUCGCUGCUGGACCUAGGUCAGCACAUAAUUGGAAAAUUAAACAGUAAACGAAUCUAUCUUUCUGCUUUAUAUUUACUUGUUGUGUAGCAGCAAUAUUAGUAUUAACUAUAAUAGUUUAUGUCAACUUUAUGAAUUAUUGAGGGAUGGAGGAAGUAGAACUUGUUUUUACAAUUUGAUGGGAUCAUUAAUUAGUGGUUCCUUCUUAAAGUUCUCUCCUUUCUUCUAUGCUUUGUGAAAACUAUGAUUCUUAUAAGAGAGCAGUUGU